AUGGAUGGCUACCAUCUGCGCCGUGAGGACUUCACGGUGGGCUGGGUAUCGGCUCUGCCGAUCGAGCUGGCAGCCGCACGGAAGGUGCUGGACGAAGAGUACAAAUCUCACGACGAUGACUCCACCUACACGUUGGGCCGCAUGGGAGAGCACAACAUCGUGAUCGCCUGCUUCCCGGCGGGCCAGCUCGGUAUCUCGACAGGAGCCACGGCGGCCGCCGAACUGAAAUCCAGAUUCCCAGCGCUGGAGUUCUGUCUCAUGGUAGGCAUUGGUGGCGGGGUUCCGAGCCCAGAAAACGACGUUCGACUCGGCGACGUAGUCAUCAGUCAGCCUCAGGGCACCUACGGCGGCGUGGUUCAAUAUGACCUGGGAAAGACCCUCUCUGGUGGACAGCAGAUGCGCACAGGGUUUCUCAAUGCACCGCCAGCGACCAUCCUCAAAACCGUCUCCCGGUUCCAGUCCAAUCAUACCCUCGGCCGGGAUAACAUGUCUGCUCACCUAUUCCAGUUCGACGGCACGCCGUUUGACCGUCGAAAUGCAGGCCCCGAUGUACUUUUCCAGAGCUCCUGUCGCCACGUGGGAGGAUCGACCUGCGCGAAUUGUCCUCUAGAAUAUACUGUCCCACGCGCACCACGGACUGAAAACCCGGUCACCGUCCACUACGGCACGAUUGCCUCUGGAAACCAGGUCAUAAAAGACGCAAUCACAAGAGACCGUCUUAGCGCUGAGCUCGGUGGUGUUCUUUGUUUCGAAAUGGAGGCAGCCGGCCUCAUGAACAACCUUCCAUGUCUUGUUAUCCGUGGGAUAUCCGACUACUGCGAUUCGCACAAGAAUGCGAGCUGGCAGCCAUUUGCGGCCGCAGUAGCCGCUGCAUGCGCGAAAGAGAUUCUCAGUCUCCAUCCGACAAGUUCAGGCUUGAAGCAACGCAAAGCAAUCCUCGACUGGAUAUCGCCUCCCGAACAGGAGCAGAGGCAUGCGUUUGUGACUGGUCCCCGUGCUGAAGGUACCGGUGGCUGGCUACUAGAACAUCCGAGGUACACGAAGUGGCGCGACGAUUUGGCAACUUCUAAUGUCCUUUGGUGCCAUGGGGUGGAGGGCUCCGGGAAAACGGUUCUCGUGUCUCUGUUGGACUACACCCCAAAUAUACCGAAUAAGAUUGUAGAAGCACAUAACCGGCUUGGAGGCUCGGAAUGUUCGAUCUCGGCCAGUACACUCGAGAAGAUUAUACUCCAACUCAUACAAUCUUCGCCCAAGAUGUAUGUUUUGAUCGACGCCCUGGACGAGUGUGUUGAUCCGAGUCGACGGAACUCUAUCCUUGGCUUCCUGGAGCAGGCGACAUGCACCCCCAACAUCCGACUCCUCCUCACUAGUCGUCCGCAUGUCCAGGAAAUCCGUUCAGCCUUCCCAGAAAGCCAUCGAAUCCGAGUACGUGCGUCCGAGGCGGACCUCAAAGCAUACGUGUCCCAAGAAAUACGCCGAGCACGCGUGGACGAUAUCGUAGACACAGCCCUGGCGCGACGGAUCAGGGAUACGAUCAUUCAUCAAGCAGAUGGAAUGUUUUUGCUCUCGGUUCUCCGUACCAAAACGGUGCUGCGGGAGCCAACUGCCGGGCACAUGGAGGAUUCGUUGUCGUCCUUGGGUAGAGAUCUUCCAGAAAUCUUUCGGACGACUGUAUCUCGCAUCCAGAAACUUCCCGAAGGUAAAAGGCGACUCGGAAUGACAGCACUCAUGUUUUUGUCGCAUGUCCAACGUCCGAUCACUGUGCAUGAGCUGGUGGAUAUCUUGUCGGUUCAGCUGGGCCAGACUACAGUGCGCCCCAAACAUCGACCUUUGCCUCGAAUCGUGCUAGAAUGCUGUCUCGGGCUCAUGAGCAUCGAACCGACGACCCAAACCGUCCGCCUUUCUCACUACGCAGUCAACGAAUACCUCGUUGCGAACAGCCACCAGUUAUUCGGGGACGCAGAGGCCAGCAUUUCCGCAUUGUGUUUGACGUACCUACUCCUUGACCCUUUCACCCGUGGCCCUCGCGCGGAAGAACCCGAAAUCGAGGACCUAAUCAAGACUUACCCUUUCGUGUCGUACGCAGCCACACAUUGGGGAAAACAUGUCCGAGGGCGCGAAGCAGACCCAGUUGUCUGGGACCUCGCUCUCCGGUUCCUCGGUAACCACCAAGCAACCGCCAGCUCGGUCCAGAUCAUGCAGUACAACCGAAACUAUCGCGAUAUCUACCUAACGCCUGAAGAAUGCUACAGCACCAACGCUCUGCACCUUACCAGCGACUUCGGGCUAGAGCAGCUCGUCCUCGCCAUCCUCUCGCAGGAGCCGUCGAAGCUGAACGCCACGACAACCAUCGGCACUACCGCCAUCAUCAAAGCCGCCUCCAGCGGCCAUGUGUCGACCGUGCGAGCUCUGCUGCAGAAGGGCGCCGACCCGUUCCUGGAAAACUGGUACGGCAAUGCACUCCACUGCGCGGCCGAGGCGGGGCACUGCAGCACCAUCGCCGCACUGGUGUCGCACGGCAUGGAUCCGAACGGCCGCGCGGAAAACGGGCGGUAUCCGAUUGAGUGCACGUUAGACGAUGACCAUGCGGAAGCGUUUGGGACGCUCGCUGGCCUUGGUGCGCGAAUUGAACGUAGAGGCAGAGAGCCGCCGAUGCUUGUCGACGCGACGGAGCGAGACUGCGUGCGAAUUGUGGAUCUCAUCCUCCGGCGGGGCUGGGUGGACGUGAAUUGUUCGGCGGAUGGAGGGCUCACUGCGGCGCAUGUCGCAGCUCGACAGGAUAAUACGGUGAUUCUGGGAAUGUUGAUCCAGGCAGGAGCCGAUAUUGAGGCUUUAGACCAUAGGGGCUUGACUCCUCUUGAUUGGGCGCAGAGAUGCCAUAGUCACCAUGCUGUGAAGCUACUGCAGGCUCAUGGAGUAGGGUCUGUAUAUCAGUCUCGGUACCAUAUUUAG